AUGCGUUAUGCACACACUUCGGCCUUAAUAGGGAAAAGGUUAUAUUAUUGCGGGGGAGUUACCUCUAAAUUAAAGGAAUCCACUGUCUCGGAUUUCUUCUAUCUCGACGUGUCCGUCCCUUUAACCAGCAACGAUUUACAAUGGACUGAUCUCACUAAUAUUGGUGUUACUUAUACAAGUUGGAGUACGGCAGUUGCUGGAGGAGUAAAUAAUACUAAGUUUGUUCUAUUUGGGGGUCACAUGUCACCAGAUAAUAGCAGCUUGGUUUUAGUAUUCGACACUGUGAAUAGAACAUGGUCCAAACCCACUAUUUCGGGAGUGCCUCCAUUACGAAGAAGGGAAACCCAUGCUGUUAUUGACACUAAAGGGAAAAUGUAUAUAUUUGGUGGAUUCACCGACCCAUUUACAGAUUAUCCGGUUUUAGAAUACUUUAAUGAUCUUGUAAUCUUAGAUACUAUAAACUGGACUUGGAACUAUGGAUCAAACGUUAAUGCGCCUUCACCCAGGAGAGCUUAUAGUGCCACAAUACUGCCUAAUGGAACAAUAGUAUAUAUUGGAGGGAUGUACGCCAAUUCAAUGUUGGUGCCAUUUUCAGAGUUGAACUUAUACGACACAAUGUCUGACUUAUGGAGUGUUAUGUUCCCAGAUAGAAAUUUUAGAUACAACUGUGAUCCCUUUUUCGUGGUCGGAGCCGAAAGCUCGAGGCAUCUGGCCUUCAGAACUCGCGUUUCAUACGGCCGACCUAGUAGCUCGUCAUCAUCAUUGACUUCAUCAAACCUAUUUAUUGCUGCUGCGGCUGUUGCAUCUGCGGUGUUAUUGGCUGGCGUUGCUGCUUUGAUGUUCAGAUUUUUAGGAAAAGGAUCAGGUGAUGGUGGAAGUAGCAAAAGAGAAGUUGAAAGCGGCGAAACUCCUGAUACAGGAGAUGGUGGUGGAGGUAGCAACAUAGGAGGUGGAGCCGGUGUAGCUGCGGACAGUAGUGGUGACGCAAAUAAGAAAGUCCCAAUUAAAUAUGGAUCAGAAGUUACUCUUGUUCACGUGCCCACUGGAAAAUAUCUUACCACCAGAGGAGAUAAAUAUAGCGACUCCCUUCAAUAUAUAGUUGCUUGCGAUAAUAUAGGAGGAGAUUUUAAAAAUGCAACCUGGACGGUUAUUGGAGCAAAUGGUACGAAAGUAAAUAACGGGGACACAAUUCCUUUCAACACUACUAUUGGAUUUAAACAUAACGAAAUAAACGGAAAUCUUCACUCUCAUCCUCAGUCUUGGGUAUCCACUCCAAAGUCAAGAUUACAGCAAGGGGAAAGGUUGUAUUUUUGUGGAGGAGUUACAUCAGAAGCGGAUGAACCCACUGUCUCGGACUUUUUCUAUCUUGAUGUAUCAGUCGUCCCCCUUUCUUCAACCAACGAUUUCCAAUGGACCGAUCUCACUAGUAUUGGUGUUACUUAUACAAGUUGGGGUACAGCAGUUGCCGGAGGAGCAAAUAGCACCGAGUUCGUUCUAUUUGGGGGUCACAUGUCACCAGAUAAUAGUAGCUUGGUUUUAGCAUUCAACACCGUGAACAGAACGUGGUACAAACCCACUAUUUCGGGAGUGUCUCCAUUACGAAGGAGGGAAACCGACGCUGUUAUUGAUACUAAAGGGAUGAUGUAUAUAUUUGGCGGGUAUACAGAUUCAUUUACAGAUUAUCCAGUCUCAAAAUAUUUUAAUGACCUCGUAAUUCUGGAUACUAUCAACUGGAUUUGGAGUUAUGGAUCAAACGUUAACGCGCCCUCACCCAGGAGAGCUUUCAGCGCUACAAUACUAUCUAGCGGAGUAAUAGUAUAUAUUGGAGGGAUGUACGAAAACUCAACGCUGGUGCCAUUUUCAGAGUUGAACCUUUAUGACACGACAUCAGAUUCAUGGAGCGUAAUGACGGCCGGCGGUAGUAUUCCAAAUCCUCGUAAUGGUCACACGGCAGUUCUUACAUUGGAAGAGAAAAUAGUGAUUUAUGGAGGAAAUUUAACAACCGAAAAUUCAAGUACCACAAACAGUUCGCAGAUAGAAAUUUUAGAUACUACUACGACCCCAUUUUCUUGGUCAGAACCUAUUGCCCAAGCCUCGACUACUGAAUCGAACUCUAUGACAACUACUGGAACAUCAACAUCUACAUCAACGUCAACGCCCACAAAUCAGAGCUCGUCAACUUCCUCUCUGACAUCGCCAUCAAAUUUAUUGAUCGCUGCUGCAGCUGUUGGAUCGGCGGCGGUAUUGGCCGCCGCUGCCGCCUUGGUCUCAAAAUUUUUAAGAAAGGGAUCGGGUGAUGGCGGAAGCAGUAGAGGAAUUGAAGACGGCAGAGGUGGUGGGACUGCUAGUAAUGCUACAAAAAUUCCGAUUAAAUAUGGAUCGGAGGUCGCUCUUAUUCACGUGCCCACCGGGAAAUAUCUUACCACUAAAGGAGACAAAUAUCCCGACGUCAAUCAAUAUAUAGCUGCUUGUGAUGAUCUAGGAGAAAAUUUCAAGAAUAUAAAAAAUGAAAUUUGGACGGUUAUUGGGGCAAAUGGUACGAAUGUAAAUGAGGGGGAUACUUUUCCUUUCAAAACUAUCAUUGGAUUUAAACAUAACGAAACCGAAGGAAAUCUUCACUCUCAUGCUAAGAGUUUUAAAGUCACUCCAAAAUCAGGAUUACAGCAAGCAACUAUCUGCCUUGAUAUAAAUGCCGAUGAUGAUUGGCUUGUCCAACCUCAUAGUUCAAGUUCUGUUGACAAUGCCUCGGGAAUACUGGUUCAUGGCGAUAUCGUCAAUCUUCUUCAUAUUACCACCAAUAAACCAGCGCUUUACAGUCAUAAUGUCUUGUUAGACAAUGGAACCCAAGAGGUUGCUUGUAAUGAUGCUGGUCAGGAAGAAAAUCGUCAGUGGCGCAUCGAAUUAAUUAGCAAGCCAAUUAGAUACGGAUCUACCGUCGCUUUAUAUCACAUGUCUACCAAUAAAUAUUUGUCCAAUAGCGGAGUCAGAUACCCCAAUCAACAUCAACAGUACAUGGUUGUCUGUGGUGGCCAAGUAAAGGAUUUUAAAAAUGACCUUUGGACAGUCGUUGGAGCUUAUGAUACAAGCGUAACAAUAGGAGGUUUGGUAUCCUUAAAUACAGCCAUUGGGUUUAAACAUCGUGCAACGGGUGAAAAUCUGCACUCUCAUACUUUUGCUUAUGGAAAAACUCUAAAAUCCAAUCAACAGCAAGUGACCAUCUUCCCGAAUGCGAAUGCUGACAAUAACUGGAUUGUCCGAGAAUAUCGUUCGCCAGAUGACACUGGAAUCUUGUUCAAUAAAAAUUCUAUUAGUAUUCGUCAUGUUUCAACCAAUGGUAUGCUUUAUAGUCAUAAUGUUUUAUUAGAUGAUCAAACUCAAGAGGUUUCUUGCAACGGAGAUGGGAGUGAUGAAAAUAAUAAGUGGUAUAUUGAAUUGGUUGAAAGACCAAUUUUAUAUGGAUCAAAGGUCGCUAUUAUCCAUAUACCUACUGGAAGAUACUUAUCUACGAAAAAAGUUCAAACUCCCGCAACCGGUCAAUAUAUGGCUGUCUGCACGGAUAAAAAAAUAGAUUUAGCGAAUGACGUCUGGACAGUUACUGGAGCUUAUGGUGAAAGUGUGACUGAUGGAAGCUCUAUAAAAUUUAAUACUGUCAUUGGAUUUAAGAAUCAGGCAACAAGUGGAAUAUUGUAUUCUCAAGAAACACGUGGGGGGAACGUUACCCCAAAAUCAAAUCAGCAACAGGUGACCAUUAAUCCGGGUGGAGGGGAUGGUGGAAAUUGGCUUCUUCGGCGUUUUAGCCCUAAUGAAGAGUACGACGAUUUGGGUCACUUUACCGAUGGUGAUAUUAUUAGCCUUUCUCAUAUUAUAACCGGAAAUAAGCCACUUUUCAGUCAUGAUGUUCAGCUGGAUGAUGGAACUCGCGAGGUUUCCUGCAAUGGAGAUGGGCAUCAGGAAAAUAAUAAGGUACACGAACUGUUUUUAAAUAUGUUUGCCUGCGCGCCAAAUGAAGGGUCAUUUACUUACCUUUGUAUUAUGCUAAUUUCAUCCAGUGGCUUAUUGAAUUAA